GUAUAAUUGUAUAAAUACAAACAAAUGUAUAUAGACGCAUCCACAAGUGCAUUUAGUGUAUUACAAUAUAGUUGACAGUGAACAAUGGCUAGUGAUCUGGGUGUAUGGAAGGACCGGUGGCAGGAUGGCAACACGGGGUGGCGCCAGCAGGGUGUCAACGAGACACUCGUGAAGUACUACUCACUGCUCAAGCUAAGCACUGACACGGCUGCGAAACAAAAGAUUUUCUUGCCCUUGUGCGGGUCUACGGUUGAUCUGCUGUAUCUGGCCAAGGAGUGUAACCUGACUGUGGUCGGAGUGGAGAUUAGCGAGCUAGCGAUUGAGACCUUCUUCAACGACAACAGUCUCGCGUUCACGAAAGAAGGAGAUGUCUACAAAUGCACUAACCACGACAUCAUCAUCUAUGUGGAAGAUCUUUUCACGUUCCAAACCGUGAAAGAUUUCGACGCCAUUUGGGACUAUGCCUCGUUUGUAGCUAUCGACCCGGAACUUAGACCAAGGUAUUUAGCCGCGGUGGGGAAUCUACUGAAAAAAGACGGUGUAUGGUUGCUUGCAAACUUCGACUACUCACUUGAGGAGAAAGAGAGUCACCGAGGACCACCAUGGCCAAUUAAACAGGAGGACUUUGUUCAACUGGUGAACAAAUGCGAGACAGCCCUGAGCGUAGAGGAGGUUGGCAGUCUAGAUUGCUUAACCGGGCGAUGGAAGCAGCAGGGACUGACCUACAUGGACUUGCACGCGUGGGUGUUGAAGCACAAGUAGGCGAGCGUACAUGUAUAGCGUACUCUCACUCAUAACGUACAUGGUGUAUACAGACACAAUGCGCUUACAUGUACCUAUAGGAUACCGCAUAGCAGAGAGCUUAAAUAGAAUGUAUAGCCCACACAGACAUAAGUGUAAAAAUACAAAGGGAUUAAAAAUAGCCACUUCAGUUCUAUACAUGUGCCCUGUCUUGUCGUUGCAUAGUGUGAUACAGUAACGAGUAUUUGACUCGCAACGAGUCAGUGGUGAUAUGUCCAACGUCACUCUACCCGAGGUUUUUGCCUAAUGCGAGUUAAAUAUACGAGAUAAAUACAUAUCAGGAUUUCAACAAUGCUAGAUUUAUAUAAUACACAAAUAUAUAGCAUAUCCGUGUUUUCAAUAAACAUACAUGUAUACAUAUUUGUGCUAGAAGCAUUCAAAUUUGUG